GAACGAUAGGCCCACAUGUAUUACUUGUUCUUGUUUUGAGUCAAAACAUGAAGUUAGUUGACAAAUUCUAGCUGAAAGAAUGACAGAGCGCACACAAUAUGUGCCCUUGUUAUCUUUGUUGCGGCGAUGGGCAGAACACGCCCCGUUCAAGCUGUUACAUAUUUAUGUAUGCAGAAUGGAGCGAGUGCAGCGUGCCAGCGACCAAUCACAAGCUGCCUCAAACCGCGGGAGAUCCAAAUUUCGCGGGACGCAAUUUGGCGCUAAAAAAGCAGUUCAGCACUAUGAUGAUGUCAAAAGCCAGGCUUUUUGUUGGAGUGGCGACAUAAGGACGAGACAAGGAGGAUUGUUCACCUAUAUAGCGACUCUCAGCAAAAAGCAUCUCAUUUUGCCAACAUUGGACCUGUGAAGGCACUUUGCAAGUUUCUACAACUGGACUCUGGCGUAAAGAUAAUUGUGAUUUUAAUUUAUUUCACUGACUUUGCUAACGUAGUGAAUCGUAAGGGGAAAUUACAUUUGCACUUUGGACAAAGACAUUAGCUUUCAGUAGCGACCGUGGUAUUAUUUAAACAUUAAUAGAGAAGUAAUACUGAUAUAUUUUGAAUGCAUAUUGAAUUUAUGCAAUACUUUGCACACCAUUUUCCAUAGUAAGGAGCAAUAUAGAACCGAAUUUCACCUACCUCCUCUACUAGGCACGGCUUACAAGAAACGUCAGGAGGCUGACUAGCUGACCGAUUGCCGUUGUCUUAUUGCAACAUCUCACAUCUUGUGCAAAGACCAGGUAGCGUACAUUUUCUGUUGCAAUUAGCAUUUUAUUUCACAUUUUGCAAGUAUCAUUCCGGACUAUAUCAAAUCCUGUUGUGAAGAUGAUACGGAUACCCAAAGGAGUCUCUCCGGCAUCCGGGAGAGGAGCAGUUGGAAUGGCAUGCUCACAGAAGAAAGUUCUACCGGGAAUAAAGUCCUCAGAUUUCUUCAACACGGGCAUAUCAAGUCCACUGAUGAACUCGGUACCGGCGGGGUAUUUCACGCAGAUUGGCAACACAACAGCUGCCGAGCCGAGAGCCAACUGUCUGUAUGCGACCCCCCACGGCCCCCAAGCUAAACCCGUCAGAGUGUCCUCUGGCAGACUCCCGGCCAAGAGGAAACUGGACCUGGAAGAUCCAUUGUACCUUCCGGGCUUCCGUACCCCAAAGGGUAAAGGCAAUGUGUCCGCACGAAUCGCCAGCCCUAAAACGCCAAAGUCUCCAGGCGAGAGGACCCGCUACGACACGUCUCUGGGCCUGCUGACCAAGAAGUUUGUGGGCCUGCUGAGCGAGUCGGCCGACGGGGUUCUGGACCUCAACUGGGCCACCGAGGUCCUGGAGGUGCAGAAGAGGCGCAUCUACGACAUCACUAACGUGCUGGAGGGGGUGCAGCUCAUACGCAAGAAGUCCAAGAACAACAUACAGUGGCUGGUCGGCGGUGUGUUUGAGGGCUCCGCGGCGGGAGAGAAGAGCCACGCCUUGAGGAAGGAGCUGAGCGCUCUAGAACGCGAGGAGAAGAUUCUAGAUGAGCUCAUCCAGUCAAGCACCAAUCAGCUGCGAGAGCUGACGGAGGACAAGGACAACCAAAGGCUGGGCUAUGUGACCUAUCAGGACAUCCGCUCCAUCCCCAGUUGGCAAGACCAGACCGUCAUCGCUGUCAAGGCGCCCACCGACACCAAGAUGGACCUGCCAGAACCCUCAGAGGGCGGUCUCCAGAUCUACCUGAAGAGUAAGAACGGCCCCAUCGAGGUGUACCUGUGCCCAGAGGAGCUGGAGGACAGCAGCCCCAUGAAGUGUGCCCUCGCCACGCCCCGCAAGAACCCCAUGCAGCCGGGCAUGGCCCAUGGGCACGCGGGCACCCAGAUGAACACACCCACGCCAACGGUCAUGCCACACCACGGGCACGGCAGGCAGGACCAUGGCACAGAGCUCCUCCCCAAGCCCCACACCCCAGGCUCCCACCACCACCACCCCCACGCCCACCACCACCCAGCUCCCAGCCACCCCACCACCACCACCCUCCCCACUCCCAACAACACCACCUCCACCAGUAGCACCUCCGCCUCCGCCUCCACCUCCAGCGGUGGCCCCAGUGCGGCCUCCUCCUCCUCCUCCAGUAGUGCCCUGCUGGACGUGGAGCGUAUCCUGGGCCUGCCGCCCAGCCUGCUGCAGCUGACGGAGGACCAGCUGGCCAUGGGCACGGCCUUCACGCCCGACCCCAACGUGCCCUUCGUCAGCCUGUCGCCGCCCCACCUCGACCACGACGACUACCUGUGGGGGCUGGACGAGGGCGACGGCGUCACGGACUUCUUUGACACCUACGACCUGGGGGAUCUGCUCAGAAGCUGA